AUGAGCUUCAAGGCCGGGAAGGGGAAGGAGAAGGAACAGGAAUUUCUCAAACCUGACCGUAUCUCUGACGUGGAAAAAGGUGAAGAUUUAUUAGCCUUUGACUCCGAGGAGGAGGAGAGGCCAGCAGGUGAUUGGGAUGCUGUGGAAUAUUGCAGGGAGUUCUCCGGAGUAUUGUUAGAAACAACCGUGCACGAAACGGAUGAGGCCUUUGGGCUUCAAGGGGGAUCGAAGAGGAAGAAGAGGUGCCCAACUUGGAUCAGGAAGGAUAAAUUCAUUGCUGGAGAGAGUGGCGAGAUCCAUGUGACAUCAAUCCAAGAACAACACUGCGAAAGAAAGACAGGAAAGAAGAGCCUUUUGGCGGAGGAAACAUUCCACUUGAAAUCCAGCCUUAAUCCGUCUAGCAAAGCCCAUACAAGGGAGAAAGGCCUCAAGUGCUGGGAGUGCGGAAAGAACUUUGCGAACGGCCUCAGUUUAAAGGCGCAUCAAAGAUGCCACACAGGAGAGGAGCUGUAUAAAUGCUCAGGCUGUAGCAGCUGUUUUUCUGAUAAGUCGAGUCUCACUAAGCAUCAGCAGCUUCACAGUAUGGAGAAACCACAUUAUUGGGAAUCUGAAAAAAACUUCACAGACAAUGGAAAGCUCAGUGAACGUCAAAGGUCUCAUUUAGGAGAGAAUCCACAUGAAUAUUUGGGGUAUGGAAAGAGUUUCCUGUUGAGUUCACAACUUGGUGAGCAUCAGAGAACCUAUGAAGGGACAUACCCAUUUGAGUGCCUAGAGUAUGGGACAAGUUUCAAUGAUGGUGAACACCUGACUUCAACUCAGAGAGCUUACACAGAAGAGACCUGUCAGACGGAUGCCUUUCUUUCCCAUCGAAGAGUCCACACAGGGGGAAAGAGUUAUAAAUGCUCAGAUCCACAGAGCCCAGUUCUUGCUUCCCGUGAGAGAAUACCCAAAGAUGAAAAACCGUACAAAUGCUUGGAAUGUGGGAAAGGUUUCCAGCGUAGCUCACACCUUGCCGUACAUCAAAAUACUCACACCGGAGAGAAACCAUAUACUUGUGCCGAAUGUGGGAAAAGUUUCAGCCAGGAAGCCAACCUCUAUUUACAUCAAAGGUGUCACAAUGGGGAGAAACCAUACGAAUGCCUAGAGUGCGGAAAGACCUUCAAGUUGGGCCAGGCCCUAAUUACACACCAGAGAAUACAUACAGAAGAGAAGCCACAUCGGUGCGCAGAGUGCGGAAGGAACUUCAGACACAGCAACACCUUGAAAGCCCAUGAAAGAAUGCACACAGGAGAGAAGCCAUAUAAAUGCCUCGAGUGCGGGAAGAGCUUCAGACAGAACUCGCACCUUAGUCAACACCAAAGAAUUCACACCGGGGAGAAGCCAUAUAAGUGCUUGGAGUGUGGGAAGGGUUUUCGUGUGAGCUCGGGCCUGAUAAUCCAUCAAAAAAGCCACGCAGGGAAGAAACUGUACCAGUGCUCAGAGUGCCCAAAAGGUUUCUGUUUUUGUGGUUAUCUUAUUGUACCUCAAGAAAUGGAUAGUGGGGAGAAGCUGUAUAAUUGUGCCGAAUGUGGAAGAGGUUUCAGCCAGGAAGCCAAUCUCUAUUUACAUCAAAAAUGCCACAACGGGGAGAAACCAUAUGAAUGCCUAGAGUGCGGAAAGACCUUCAAGCUGAGCCAGUCCCUAACUAAGCACCGGAGAAUACACACAGAGGAGAAGCCACAUAAGUGUGAAGAGUGUGGGAAAAGCUUCAGACGCAGCACCCACCUCAAAGAGCAUGAAAGAACCCACACAGGAGAGAAACCGUACACAUGCCCGGAGUGUGGAAAGAGUUUCAGACAACGUUCUUACCUUAGUGGGCACCAAAGAAUUCACACAGGGGUGAGGCCAUAUAUAUGCUUUGAAUGUGGGAAGAGUUUCCGUUGGAGUUCAAGCCUUACAAUGCACGAAAAAUCUCAUACAGGAGAGAAACCUUAUCAGUGCAUGGAGUGUCAAAAAAGCUUCUACAGUCACGAACAGCUUCUUGUGCAUCAUAAAGUUCACACUGGGGAUAGCAUAAUAGAAGUAAAAGCCACAACUUUAGAAAGCUUUAGAAACGGGCCCUAG